CAUAAUAUUUUACAGUAUAUGAAGUAUACUAAAUUCCUAGAGUUUUUCAAAAAAUCGCGGGCUUUACGCGCAACUCGCGGAUCGCGUCGCAAUUGGUCAAUUUGAAAUUUAAUCGAUUCCUAAAGAUUAUCGAAUAUAUUCGAAAACAUAGUUACACGAAGUUUCGCUUCGAAUUCAUCUUGUUGCGGUAGUUAGAUUCAAUUUUUUCUAUUAGAUUCCUGAUUUACAUUCCUGAUUUCAACUUUAUAAAAAAAAGCAUACUCGAUUACUGAUAUAUCGGUCUUCGUUUAGUUAAUUUCUCUUCUUAUAUAAUCAAAAAUAGUUGUUUUGUCAAUUCGACAAAAGGUAUCAUAUAAGUCGCGUUACUUAUUAUCGGUAGAAACGAAAAAUGGAACCUGCAAAUAACGAGAUCGGUCUCGUGAACGUCGGAAUCUCGCAAUCAGAUAUGAUUACUUCUGACAUUAAACAGGUGAUAUUAAGUGUGAAUAAAUGAACAGUAAUAUUUCGUAUACCAACGAUAGCUUACUCUCGACGAAGCGAUUUUGUUAUUUUUCGCUUGGCCUUCUCAACCAACUUAUUUCAAUUUUAGAUUCAUAAUAAGAUAAAGUGCAAAAUAAGAUGCUGCAUGAUCGCUUCUCGAGAUAAUGCACGCUAUGUAUGAUCAUUCAUGUUAGAAAAGUUACGUGAGAACGUUAUAUAUCUCUUCUCACAUAUUGUAUUAUAAGCUCUAAACUUGCAUUUGAAACGUUCCGAAUUUCUCAAAAACGCGAGUAAAAUGUAUGUACAGCAGGUAUAAAUGUAAAAAAAAGGAAAAAAAACGAUGUUUCAGCUUUUAAUAUUAAGAGAAUCGGUUAAAAAAUCCGAUAAAAAGGUACAGUACUUGAAGACGCAUUUAUCGAAUUUGAUCGCAAGUAAUCACAGCAUUGAAGCGAAUUUGGACAAGUUGGAGCAAAACGUGUCUGACAUUGAUGCAAAGAUAUCGGCGGCUACGAAGAUUCAUGCCGUAAAGAAGCAGGAAUUGAAAGAUUUCGAAAAUGCGAGGACGAAUACAUUGCGUAAACAAUGGAACGAUUUCCUAUCGAAAACAGGAAGUUAUGCGAAUAAUUUUUCUCAGUGGAUAACGGAAUAUUCGAAAGAUGUCUUGACAAAGGAUAUCGAAGAUCAUCAAAAAGAGUGCAAAAAAGUUCUCAACGAACUUACAAUUUUAAAGCAAGAAGUGGAUGAUAUGAGAGAAAAAUGUGGCAUGAAUUGUAUUGAAGCUAAUGUGGAUGUUGGCGACGUACCGAAUCUUGAUAGCAUAAUUUCUAAUAUCAAACUGAACAAUGGUAAGCUAAUACAAAAUGUUAGAUCUAUGGAAGAUACGUUAAACAAAACACAGAAGAAGCUAAAGCAGUGCCAAAUUGCAGUUAACGAAUAUAAGAUGAAGGAGAAGACGAAUUUGUAUUAAAAUAUUU